AUGGACGGCCGCCACCACUGCCAGUUCCAUGAACGCCCGAUCUUCUUCCCCAACUCCACCGUCGCCUCCUCCGCAGUUGUUGCUUCCACACAUCUCCACGCCUUUGACUUCAUGGCCUACUUCCACCCCGUCAUCUUUUGUGUCUCCAUCUCCGUGGCCUCCGUCUCCACCUCCACCGGCACCACGUAUCUUGUUCUUGCGUGCCCGAUCGUCGACUUCCGCGACGCACCCUCCACGCCCGAUCUACCGCCGCCCCCUCCGUGCCUGGUCGUCCACCACCGCGGCGUCUCGACGCCGCUGCCCUCAACGCCGGCCGCCCUCGACGCCCCCGCCGUCGACGCCGGCCCCGCCUCGGCGCCCCCGUGCCCCCGGCAUCGGCCUCCACGCCGCGCCGACCUCGAGCGCCCUGGCCACCUCCACGCCGCGCCGACCUCGAGCGCCCUGGCAUGGGCCUCCACGCCACCGCCCUCGACGCCCCCGGCGCGCCGCCGGCCUUCCCCCGUGCCCCUCCUCAACGCCGCGCGCGCGGCCCCCUCCACUGCGACGCCGGCCCCCUCCUACGCGCCGCGCGCCGACUCGCCGGCCUCCUCCACCGCGCCGCGUCGAGCUACUCCCCCUCCACCACUGCCACCGACCUCCCCCCAUCGACUGAAUAAUGUGUAA